GCUCAAUUUUAGGAGAUUCUCCGCUGUCUGCCAGUACUGUACUGUAUUGGAGAUGCCAAGAUGGCUGCAAGCAAUUAUUUCGGCUUCACACAUGGUGCCGGUCCACAAUACAGUGCUCAGCCUCCCCCGGCCUACUCCCACCCCUCUACAGCCAGUUACAGUGUCCAGCAGGCUCCUGCCGUGGCUCAUGCAGUGACUGCGUCCUACUCUCCAGCUCCAGUCCAGGCAGCCCGGCCUGUGGUCACCGCUCCCUACCCAACCUAUCAGAGCCACCAGGCUCCUCCUGACUACACCUACAGGCAGCCAGGCACCCCAGCUCCCCCACAGCCCACCACCACCCCACAGACGUACCAGGUAUACUCGGACACGCAGGACAAUUACAGCUACGGGCGUCCUGCUGCUGUGACUACCUAUGAUAAUAAACAGUACUACCAGACGAGUAUAGCUUCGGCUCAGAGGACCCCCACCGAGAAUUACUACCAGACCGUGGGAGUAAAGAGUGCUUAUAGUCCAGCCCCCACCACUGUGUACAGCCAGCCUCCCCCACCUCAGAGGCAGGUAACGGCCCUGAAGCCUCUGGCCCCCUCCAGCUCUGUGUCCACUAGCUACAACAUCUACCCAGUGUCCACCAGUGUCCAGCAGCCGCCCACCCCCAUUUCAUCCUACACCCUUGGCUCCUCAUUUGGCUCCACCGUUUCAGCCACAACCUACUCAGGCAUUAGCUACUCCAGUUAUGACUCAACUGGCUACACCUCCACAUCCACCCCCUCCUAUUACCAGCCAGCCCAGCAGACACUCACCCAGCCACAGCCUCAACCUCAGCAGCAGCAGCAGCAGCAGCAGCAGCAGCAGCAACAGCAGCAGCCCCCCCCAAUACAGCCGCCACCCAAGCAGCUGACAAGCUCUUCCUGGAGCAACUCGGGCAGCAACAUGGUGACAGCUCCGGCUGGAAACACCUACAAAAAGCCGACGUUUCAUCAGAGCAAGCUGCAGAAGCCCAAAGGGCCUCCAAAACAGCCCCAGCUCCAUUACUGUGACAUUUGCAAGAUUAGCUGUGCAGGUCCUCAGACGUACCGGGAGCACCUCGAUGGCCAGAAGCAUAAGAAAAAGGAGGCUGCCCUUAAAUCUGGGGGGCAGACAGGGGCCAGUAACGGGCCCAGAGGGGUCCAGACUCAGUUGCGCUGUGAGCUGUGUGAUGUCUCCUGCACCGGAGUGGACGCCUACGCCGCCCACAUCCGUGGAGCCAAACAUCAGAAGGUGGUGAAACUUCACACCAAGCUAGGAAAACCUAUACCUUCCACUGAGCCUGUGUUGGUGAAUUCAGCUCCAGUCAUCACAACUUCGACAGCUGGGAAACCUCCAGCCUCCACAUCCACUCCUGCAGCCGUCUCAACCACUUCAACUCCCACUGCAACACCCAAACAGGUGGCAGUAAAUGCAACGGCUAAAACAACGGCACCAGUCCAGAAGAAACCAGUUCCUUCCAAAAUAGCUCUCAUUUCCAAUAAGCCUGCCAGCGCUCCAGCAGCUGCAGUGACAGCUGCAGUGACAGUAGCAGCAGCAGCGGCAGCGGCGACGGUGGCUGCCAAGGUUGAGGAGCAGUCAGUUGAGAGGAUGGAGCCUCACAGUGACGAUGAGGACUGUGACAGAGCCGGAAGCCAAGGAGACAUCCAGCCAGUGGGACACGACUACGUAGAGGAGGUCCGUAACGAUGACGGCAAAGUGAUUCGAUUCCACUGUAAACUGUGUGAGUGCAGCUUCAAUGACCCCAAUGCUAAAGACAUGCACCUGAAGGGAAGAAGACACAGACUUCAGUACAAGAAGAAAGUGAACCCAGAGCUUCCCGUGGAGAUCAAGCCCAGUAACCGAGCCAGGAAGCUGCAGGAGAGCAAGCUGAAGAAGCAGAAGCAGAAGGCGGUGCUGAAGAGACAGAGAGAUGAUGAGCAGCGCUGGCACAUGGAGAUGAGGUCAGGGCCAUGGCCAAAGCGUUAUGAGGAGGACAUGUACUGGAGGAGGAUGGAGGAGGAGCAGAUGUACUGGGGGGAGCAGAGACGCAGGAUGGCGCCUCCACCGCUGAUGAGCCGCCCUGGUAUGCCAGUACCCCCUCUACUGACGUGUGUGCGUCGACCAGACUCUCCUGAUGACCGUCACAUCAUGGCCAAACACUCCACCAUCUACCCAGUAGAGGAGGAGUUGCAAGCUGUUCAGAGGAUUGUCUCCCACUCUGAGAGAGCCCUAAAAUUGGUGUCAGACUCCCUGCUGGAGAAGGAGGCACCAGCUGUUGAUACUGCUGCUACUGAAGGAGGAGAAGAAAAAGGUACUGAGAACUCAGGACGGCUGCUUAAAGGCGUGAUGAGGGUGGGCAUCCUGGCCAAAGGCCUGCUGCUGCGUGGAGACAGAAAUGUUGAGCUCAUCCUGCUGACUGCUAAGAAACCCACCAUCUCUUUACUGAAGAAUAUCGCCAAGCAGCUUCCCAAAGAACUGGAGACAUUUUCUGAAGAUCAGUAUGAGGUGCAGGCUCACCCCGAGGAGGCGAACAUCGUGAUAUUUUCAAGCAAGGAGCCCAAAAUGCAGGUGACCAUUUCUCUCACCUCGCCGCUGAUGAGGGAGGACCCUGCUACUGAGAAGGACAAGCAGGCAGCAGGAAAAGCGGCUGAGAAAGGUUUGGCUGACAAGGACCCAACUGAUCUUCUGAAUAAGAGGAAAUGUCUCGAAUACCUUGCUGCUCUCCGCCACGCCAAAUGGUUCCAGGCUCGGGCCAACGGGCUGCAGUCCUGCGUGAUCAUCAUUCGGGUGCUGAGAGAUUUAUGUCAGCGGGUUCCCACGUGGGGGAAGAUGCCUGGCUGGGCGAUGGAGCUGCUGGUAGAGAAAGUGAUCAGCAGUGCUGCAGGCCCGCUAAGCCCAGGAGAGGCCAUGCGCCGAGUCCUGGAGUGCAUCUCUACAGGCAUCCUGCUACCAGAUGGACCAGGGUUGAUGGACCCCUGUGAGAAAGAGCCAACAGAUGCGUUGGAAAGCAUGAUUCUUCAAGCCAGAGAGGACAUAACUGCCAGCGCACAGCACGCUCUGCGGCUGCUUGCUUUCCGUCAGAUCCACAAAGUUCUUGGCAUGGAGUCUCUGCCAGCGUCCAAGGCCAGUGCGCGCAACCGUAAGCGCCGACGGGAUGGCAGCGAGACGGGUGAAGGGGAGGGGGAGGGCAAAAAAGACAAGAAGGAAGAAGCAUUGAUUGCUUGACCUCUGCCUCCAGAGCGGAGCCGUUUGCUAGUUUAGAGACUGGUAGAAUGUCACAACUUAAAACUUUUCGUAUCUCGAAAACAAUCUUAACACGCAGCUAUACACAUAUGAAUAUAACUGACUGUACAUGUUACAUGUCUACCCCUGAAAUAGGAAGAGUAAUGCGUUGGGAAGAGGAGACUGAAGCUUGAGAACCUGUACUGCAAAUCCUCUCGCAUAGUAAAUUCACGCCGAUUUAGUGUCUUCAAAAGUGUGCAGAGGAAAUUGGCUCAGUAAAAAAAUCAUGGAAAUGACUGAUGACAUCAUUGCACACAAACUACUGACCAUCCCUCCCCUCUUGAUUCACAGUAGCUGAACCACUACCGUCUAGUUUUUAUUGUUUUCUAUGAUUUUAAAGGGAGGCUUUGGUAUUUUUUUAACCUGGACCCUAUUUUCCUUUGUGUCAGAGUGACUAAUGAAGGAGAUUUUUUUAAAAAUUGGUUCACAAUUGAGCAAAGUAGCAGUGGCGAACCAGGCUUCAGUGUAAUCCUUACAGGUAAUUAAGCACCUUUAAGUAACAUCCACUAAAAGUACUUGUUUUGCCACUGACAGGCUCAGAUUGUCAGACAAUAUUUUAGAAAAGACCCAGCAGAUGAAAGUUUUUCUUUACCUUUCUCUUGUCUGUCUGUGAGUGUGAAAAAGUCUCUCUCACGGAGAAGCCUCUUUCUGAAAUGUCGCGUAGCAGGAGAAAAAAUGGUCGAAACUUAUAAGUUGCAGAGAGGAGUACAGUGAAGACUUUUGAUUUUGAUUUUGACAUGUGGAAAAAUCAGCAAGAUUUCAGGACGAGCAGUCCCUUUGAGUGAUGUGUCAUUACUCACACUAACCAGGGUUCCUGCAGAUCCUCUAAGAGUCUUGAAAGGUAUUUAAUCCAUUAAUCGUAAAAUAAGACCCUAAAAUUCUGCAUUUUUUUCCCCAGUGUUUCUUUGUUAAAUGUCAAAAUAAUUCGUAACAUCUUUUUUUAUUUAUUUUUUUAAAUUAGAAGUUUACCAAAUGGCAGGAUAGUCAAACCAACAGCUCUCAUAUUUUCUUUCUGCUCGGGACGCUCAGAGCAGAGGAUCCACUGUCUGGUAGCUAGCUGUCUCUGUACCCUGGAGUACAUUGGGAUGUUCAAUGAAGAUUUCGCAGCAUGGCUUAGACCGAUACAAUGGCAAUGCGUACGUGGCUCAGUGUAUGUCAUGCAAAAAAAACUCUGCAUGAUGUGAUUGAAAGCAGUGGAAUCUCACAUGCAGAGUGAGAAAAAAAAGCCAUAUUUCAUAUGAUAAUCAACAUUUGUUACACUGAGUAAUUUUAGUCAACUCAUUUUUUCCUUCAGUUUUGGUGAAAAUAGAAUUGGUCUUGAAUUUAAUCCUGAGUGGCAUUAAAACAGGUCUUAAAAAGUCUUAAAUCUAACCUGCCUGAAAUUUUAGGGAGCCUGCUAUGAAACAGACCGUAAUAGCAAAAGAAAAACAUGUAGUUUCUCUGAAGGGUCUUUUCUCUAAUGUCUUCGGAUACUUAUAAUAACAAUCUAAGCUUGUCAAAAACGAAAAAAAAAACAAGUGCUUUUAAUGGAUGUAAACUGAUGGUGCACCAUUUCAGCUCCAUACAGCUCUCUCAAAUAGCAGAACAAAUAAAAAAAAAAAGUCUCCAUUUGUCACAUAGACACAAAACUCUGAAAAUAAGAUCCACACAAGUCUCCCUUUAAAGCCUCCAGUAAAUCAUCAGCACCUUAAAGCUUUAUUUACGGCAGUCUGAACUGCUCGAGUCAGUACUGAACUAACGUUAGUGCAUGGUGUUUGUACACUGAAAUGUGUUUUUCAGUCUGUUAAAAUAAAGAAAUAUGGGGAUCAAGUUUAAAGCUUUGAAACUGUGAGAAAUAUCACAGAAUACUGUUUAGGAUCUACAUACAAACAGUACUGUGAUGAUCAUUGUGCCUAAGAUGACACAUGAGUAAUAAAAUAGUGUGACGCUGCUGAAUGAACCUCACCGGUUCUCUACAUGCCCUCUAUGCUUCCUCUAAAGUUUCAACAUUUCCUUAUACAUGUUGAGAAGAUAAAAGUUUUGAAAUCUAAAAUAUGUGCAUCAAACCUUCAAAACAGUGCUACACUAAAAUAACUUCCCCUUGAAACGACGUCAUUACGGUUUCGCGAUACAAAGAGAAGCUCUGCCUUGUGAGUUUUUCUGUGGUCACACUGGAGAGUAAAUCUAUCUGAGGAGAGAGAGAGAGACUUAUGUUGCACAGUCUGUAGCAUGCUGAGGGAACUAAGCACUUAAGAAAUGACAAUGUUACUGUAUGCAGCCAUAAUUUUAUCAUUUAAAUAAUAUGCCUAGUAAUCUUUUUUCUUCCAGAGUAUGGUUAGCAGAAGAGAGAAGCUUUAGUGCGAAAAAUAAGACUGAAUAUCUACUGUAAUGAUCAAGUAGUCCUUUGACUUUCUUCCUUGUGCCUGCAUCAUGUUGUGUAUUACAGAGUACGGGGAACAUUUAUGUUUUUGUCGGGUCAAUAUUGUAAUGAACUUCACAAAAGAUGUAAGACAGGGAAGGGACAGUUGCACAACUAUUUGGCUUAAAGUUGAGAGAAUUAUCGUGCCGUUUUUAGUUUGAUUUUCAUUUAUCAAGAGCAUCAUAUAAGUAUUGCGUAUUUUAUUUCUGAAGGAAUCUUUUUUGUAUUGUUUAAACAGAAAGUGUGAACGUUGCUGUCCUUUUAUUAUUUGAAUGUCUUUGUAGUGUUGCCUAAAAUUAAGGGGAGAUAUUAAAACACUUGUAAGCCA